UAGAACUGCGUUACAAUGAAUCUGAAUUACUGAAUAAUAAUACAUAAUUUAAAAUAAUAAACUCUUUUAAUAUAAACAAUCAAUUAAAUGUACUUUCACUAUCUGAAUACAUCACCAAAGGCUCCUACCUGAGAAAUGUUUUACUGCACUGAAAUCCUUUGAAGCGGCGGAAUCCACCAUUUUUAUUUCCUUUGUUGUUAGUUGGCCUGUUUGCCACCCUUCUUUUUUACGAAGUUUUCCAAGUAAUUACUUGCGUAGUGAUACGUUUUAUAUUGCGACUUUAACAGUACCGGCCGUUUUUAUUAUUAGGCAUAGCGUAUAAGUUGUGUAGACUGCAGGAAUCCGCUUUUCAACCGUUUCUCCGAUUUCUUCCAGGUAACAUGAGCUCUAACAUUUCCCCGUCAAGUAUCAAUAAUACGCUAAAUGACAGCAGACCACCAGCUAAUGUCGAACCAUACCGCCGGAAGAAUUCUAGACUACGUAGGUUUAUUAAUCAAUCUUCUUUGACGAUGCAGCGCUAGUCAAUUUUGACUUAAGACGAUAUAAGUCAACAUACUAUCGGCGUCUAAAAAAGUACAAUCUGGAUUGGAAGAAGCGUGUAGAAGAAUCAUAUGCGAAGAUUCUUGCAAGUGAACCACAACCUGAAACAAUGGCAGGAAACAUGGUUACUCCCCAACAAAUUAUCGUUCCAGUUGAUGUUCCUUGUAAUAGCAUGUCACCUACACCGUCAUUUGAUGUUCAUUUACCGAAUGAACAACUGUCUGCAACAGAGGAAGUUGACCAAACCGAGUGCACUCCAGUGGAUUCUGUUCGCAACGUCGUCUACAGAUGCAAGCUGAAUAUGACUACUACUCGUAUUUUGCUGGAAGAAAUAAGACCACAUCCUCGUGAACUGCUGACUGACCCUCGGACAUUGAUGAGGACUAAAGACUUUUUUGAAGGGAGAGCAGUUGGUCCUGGAAUAUAAGUUCACAUUGGUCUUCGUCGUCAGAUUUUAUCUCGGUUACAAAUUGUCAAAUGUAAAGUCUCUGUGCCAAUUGCUCUUCAGCUGAACAUUGAUGGUGACCCAAUUUUCAACAACUCCAAAUUACAGAUGUGGCCAAUACAAGAGAAGUUACUUUUGUCGGGCUGUGACAAGGUAUUCUUGGUAGGAGUCUACUGUGGUUCGUGUAAACCUUUAAGUAUACACAGUUUUUUGAGGGACACUAUCAUCGAAUUAGAAAGCAUUUGUGCCAAUGGUGUCACAUUAGCCAACAAUCAUCGCAUAGACAUUGUACUUAAGGCCGUCAUCUGUGAUACAUCAGCAAGAGCACUAGUUAAGCAAAUAAGUGGUCACAAUUCAACACAAGGAUGCGAUAAAUGUGAGGCUUUAUGCCGUCGUGCUAAUCAUCGCAUGGUUUUUCCUACUACAUGUGCUGCUUUAAGAACAGACAUGUCUUUUCGCAACCAAACUUUGCCAUGUCACCAUAAGGGUAAAUCUCCUUUCGAGAGAUUGCAUGUAGACAUGAUCACUGUUUUCCCUAUAGAUAGCAUGCAUCUCAUAUACUUAGGUGUAGUUCGAAAGUUGAUUGGCCUGUGGAAAUCCAUGGCCACAUCUAGGGCAGAUGGCAUGCAUCCUACGAUAUUGAACACUGUUAACUGCAGACUACUCGGCUCACACAAGUUGACUCCUUUUGAAUUCCAGCGUAAGUGUCGAACAUUAGACGACGUUGACCAUUGGAAAGCAACGGAGUGUAGGCUCUUUCUUUUAUAUUUAGGAGUGGUAUACCUUAAGGACGUAUUACCACCUUGCUUUUAUGACAACUUCUUCGAUUUAUUCUUGUCAUGUUACAUCUUAAGUCACCCGGUUUAUUCUUCCCAUUACCUAGAUGACGUGAAGGGUUUAUUAUUGAAAUUCGUUGGGAACUUUAGGUCAUUAUUUGGGGAGGAAAACAUGGUAUACAAUAUCCAUGGAUUACUUCAUAUUUGUGAGGACGUGAAACAGCACGGACCACUGGACACUUUCUCAUGUUUCCCAUUUGAAUCGAACAUGCGUUUUCUCCAGACUCUAGUCAAAGGUCCCAAUAACCCAGCAGUUCAGAUAGGUAAACGCAUAGGAGAAAGAUGGUUAGUCGAAGCUGAUUCAGCAAAAUCAGAGAUAACACCUAAUGUAUCUGUAAAUGUGUCUAAGCAGACUGCUACGUUUGCCAACUUUAAAGUAAGCUCAUAUCCUCCUGACAAUUGCUUUGUGGUAGGCAAUACACCAGGAGUGGUUUCAGAAAUUGUAAACGGAAAUCAGUUUCGAUUCCGAGCUUAUAAGAAUCCAAAUAGCUUUUUUAAAAACCCACUAGAUUCGAGGGAUAUUGGGAUAUAUCAGGUAGAUAACUUUGAGGGUGACACAAGUUUACGGGCUUUCAGUGAAAUUCGGGCGAAGUGCAUUGGCUUAAGUCUUUUGCAUAACUCCGUUAUAAUUUCCAUAUUGCACACCUCAAAAUUGUCGUGACUUAAAGAGUACUACAGUUUACAGUGAGCCACAGUUGACCGAUAUCAAGGAUACAAACCAAUAGUAUUAACUUAUGCCAACUGUGUUUACUAUCGUUAUUCCAUUCUCCUCCAUUGUAUAUAUAGACAUAUCUUCUUUCAAUGAAAACAGUAUAUUAUUAUAAGUUUCUUUUUAUUGUUAUAUAAGGGAAUUGACUUCAAGCUUUAUUUUUUCCCAA